GCUGCCGGAAAAUUUUGUUUUUCGCUAUAUUCCGCCGCCGGGAUUUCGCGUGUCUUGAGUUCAGAUGGGAAAUUUUUUUGGUUGUUUCCAUGUGGAGGAAUACAGUUGUGCAAUCAAAGAAAAAAACGGAAAGUUUAAGAAAGAGCUUAAACCAGGAUACCAUUGUGUACCCUGGUUUUGCUGUCAUUGUGUCGUUGGUACCGUUUCCAUGAAAAUCCAGCAAAUCUGUGUUUCUUGUCAUCACAAGACCAAAGAUAAUGUUUUCGUGAUUCUCGUGGCAGCAAUUCAUUUUCAAGUAUUGGAUGGUGAAAAUGGAAAUAACCCAAAGAAGGCAUUCUAUGUCCACACUGAUUCAAGGAGCUUAAUUAAGGACUAUGCAUUUGAUAUUAUCAAAACCACCAUCUCCCACACCACCUUUGAUGAGCUCUUUGAGAAGAAGGAUGACUUCGUUGUUACGGUUAACGAUAAGCUCAGUGAGAAAAUCUCUGAUGAUUAUGGAUAUGGCAAAUUCAAAACACUCAUUGUCGAUAUCUCUCCGGAAGAGUCUACCAAACGUACCAUCAACUUGACAAAUGCAGCUCCCAAGAUGUCUUCGGCACUGACCGGAGCAACACCAGAGGUGAUCGAUAUGUUGCGGACUACACAAUAUGGAGCGGCUACGUUGGGGAAAGAUGAGCUCCCUGAUGCAUAAUGACUUCGCC